AUGGUAAUGUGUCUAUACCAUAUGGUAAUGUGUGGUAACGAAAUGUAUUUUUAUGAAUAUCAUGUUUUUAAUAUGAUCGUAGAAGGUUGUAAUUAGAUUUACAUGGUUUUACCUUCUCAUACCAUGUGGUAUUAUAUGGUAAUUAUAAUUAAUUUGUGGUCCUUUGAUUUACCAUGUUCUACUAUGGUGGUAUUGUAUGCUAGUUAGAUUUAUAAAUUUCUGUAGUGUGGUUUAUCAAGUUAUACUAUGUGGUGGUAGUUUGAUUUGUAAUUUUAUUUUAUUAUGUUAUACCAUAUGGUAUGGUAAUUAGAUUUGUAAAUUUUUGUAGCAUGUUUUACCACGUUAUAUCAUAUGGUAUUGUAUGGUAGUUAGAUUUUUAAUUUUCUUCAACGUAUUUUACCAUGUUUUACCACGUUUUACUAUGUGGUAUUGUAUGGUAGUUAGAAUUGUAAUUUUCUUCAACAUAUUUUACCAUGUUUUACCAUGAUAGUAGAAAGUGAUAAUCAUAUUUAUACUUGUAAUUAGUGCCUUUAACACUGUAUUAUUUAACGAAAAAAUCAUCAUUCAAUUUGAGCUGGAAUUAGUUUAGAGAUAGUUCGGAUGGUUAGAUUCAUCUUUGUUGUAGAUGGGAGAGAAAAAAUAAUGUAUUUUUUUCUUUUAAUAAUAACAUAAAAUAAAGAGUGAGAGAGAGGGGAACCUAGAUUUGGGAUGUAGAUUUCUUCUCAUACAAUUAUUGAUCAACUAGCCCGACACAUUAUAUCAUAUGAAAAAUCGAGCAAUAUGGGACCAUAUAUAUAUAAUAAAAGAGAUAUAGACUACUGAACGUUAAAUCUCCAUAAUCAAUUAGUUGGAACAGUAGAUCCAUUAGAUUUUUCGAGAAGUGCUUGUGUGGACAAGAAUAUAGACCAUAAUUAUAUUCAUUCAUUUUUUUUUCAAAAGCAAACAAUGACGGUUUUUUAAAAUAAAAUAAUAAUUAAAUAUUUUUAUUAUCGAAAACAGGUACAAAGCACCAGCCAAAGGUUAAUAACAUCAUUGCAAGUAACAAUGUACUAAUAGUUCCUUGAUUUUGUUUAAGUGAUGGUUGAAUCUUUGCCUUAGAAUAAUUGAAAUAAAAUGGAUUAAUAUUGGUGUGAGUUGAACCAUUAUCAGAGAAAAAUUCGGAACCUCGGGGAUCAUUCCUUUUUUGCUAAUAUAUGAAAUAUGUGAUUUCAAUAAGCGGAUUUUGAGGAAAUUACAAAUCAGACCUUUUAUACGUAUCUUAAUGCCGGAAAGCUGGAUAGGGUGGCCUUUACGUAAGGAUUAUAUUGCCCCCAAUUUUUAUGAAAUACAAGAUGCUCAUUGAAAUUAGUCCCAUAGGUUUGAUCCUGUAGAAUCUGGCUCAUUUUCUCAUUGAGCGAAGGGUACGAAAGAAAUCAGAUUUAUUUUUCGAUCAAAAGUACUAUGUGAAAUCUUCGGUUUUUUCCUCUUUCGCUAUCCCUUCCUAUAGGUACAGCGUUUGAAUCAAUAGAGAACCUUUUCUUCUAUAUCUGUAUGAAUUGAUAUUAUUACAUUCCAAUUCCUUCCUCCCGUCUCGAAGGUAUCGAGGGAGAGAGUGGACAUUUCUUAUUUCGAAUUUCCAUUCUUUAAAAUGUUAAAUAUUAAUUUCAAUUUCUUAUUUUUAAUUUCAAUAAUUUCAGAUAAUAAUACCUUGGUUUUCUUUGAUCAAAUUCAGGAUCCUCCUUGGUAUCGAACUUUAAUUACUAUAUAGAUUAAGGUUUAGCUCUAGCUAGUCACACAAAUAUAUAUAUGAUUAGGACAUUCCGUUAAUUAUCUCAAAAUAUCGUUACAAUGUGGAUGGAUCUUUAUCCUUAUGAAGGAAAUAAUGUUAACAAGAAAGGGUAGACAAAAGAAGUAAAAGCUAGUGACAAUGGCAACAUGCUUUGAAGAAUUAAAUAAGAAGAUGGAGGGGAAGAUAUGAGUGGCUAUCAGUUGAGGUGGAAUAAUAAAUUGGGUGAUAUGGAGAGUAUUUAUAAAAUUUAUUAAAAUUGGAUUCAAACCUUUUUUCUUUUUCUUGCAUUGGUGAACAUAUCAUUUUAUUUUAAAAAAUCGUCGUUGAUUUUUUUGAGAAAGUUAAUGAAAUUGUCUACUUUGUUAAUUGAAAUUUUAUUUUGUUACUAUUUUAUUUUUGUCAACGGACCCACUUCUAAAAAAAAAAAAAUUGGAUCUACUAUUCCACCUACUGAUUUAUUUAUUGUGGAGAUUUAAUGUCCAAUAGUCUAUAUCACUUUUAUUGGAUACGGUCCCAUAUUGCUCGAUUUUUCCCACGAUAUGUGUCGGGCUAGUCAUUAGCCAAUACAUUUCACGUGUGGUUGUACGUUCCUUUCAAACUACGUGGACCAACAUGCAUGCACCUCUUCCCAUCUACGUCCCUCUCCCACUUGUGCUCUCUAUUAUGACAGUAUACAUAAGCUUACGCAGAAGAGAUAAGGAUCUUUUUUUUUUCUCAGCCGACACUUCCUUUCUCAACGUAUAUAACCGUGCUAGCUAGAUCGAGCUCGGUGUGCUGAUCAGUACACGUUAAAGUUACAAGUUCAGUUCGACUUCACGAUACAAAAAAUGUCGACGACCCCGUCACGCCUGGUGCUGGAAUCCAACAACCAGUUCCUGAUCGCACUCAGCAGCGGUGCGUUCCUCGUGGUCGAACCGGAGGCCUACGAGCUCAACACCACGACCAUACCCACCAACGUGUUCUCCUGGAAGCAGGCCGGCAUCGUCGGGCCGGGCCCCGGCUCCACCCACGAGGAAAUGGAGGUGUUCGGGACGGUGCUCACCGGCGCCAAGGUGGCGGAGGCCUCCCGGGACAUCAUCAACCUCCAGGCGCUGGUCAACAGGGAAGGGUUCACGGUCAUGUACUUCAACGUCGGCGCCGGGGACAUGUACCUGAGGGACGCCAGCCUGAUGCGCCGCCACAACGACCUCUUUGACUGGUCCAAGUACGGCGUCACGGUCCCGAAACCGGUCCAGACCGUGUGGGACCGGUUCCAGCAGGCGGCCGGCGGGGAGAAGAUGGUCUCCGGGGAGGGAGUGGGGCCGCUGAAGAACGACGUGGAGGAGAUCGAGAGGGCGGUGGAGAUGUUGGAGGUGCAGGUUGGUGUACUCAAGGAUGAACUCCAAGUCUUCGUCUGAACCCUGAAAACUUCCCCGCCGGCGUGCUGCGCGCUUCCUUUGCCUUUUAUGUACGUCGGCUUGGUGUAUUUUCUAUCAUGUAUCUUGUAUUCUUGUCUUUACUAAUUAAUGAAUCGGCAUGCCGAUUGAUUAAUUAUUAAUGAAUAAACCGUGGUCCACAUACUCCGCUUCACUCCAAAAAGUACAUAUAACGUUUUUUACUUAUUAAUCAUUGAUCUCUUCCGUGUUUUAUAAAUGUGAAAUUCGUAUAAGGUGUAACAUACCUUUUUUAUAAAAAGUUGUGUGUGCUUUAUAGAAAAAAUUUGUACCCAUUGUCCCGAAAUAAUAUAUACAAGGUGUACGUACAGAGAAAAACCUGUACAAACUGGUACAUGUACGUGGUCGUGUUGUCUAAAAAAAAUAUCAAAAUGUACGUUAUCUUGCCGAUAAUAGUAAAAGAAAAUUAUUUGCAAAAUAUUUAAUGUAAUUAGUAAAAUUAAGGGGAGACAUUCUGUUAAUUAAAAAAUUAAAAGGCGAAAUGUGAAUUUGUGUUCUUUGACUUUUUCCUAAUUGGGGUGGGCACGCGGGUGGUUAAUCCGCGAAUUGAUAUCGAUCCACCCGCAAAUAACCCGACCCGCACGUAAUGGGUGAUUGAUGUGGGUGGAUUGUGGAUUGUUAAAGCUCCCACCCGCACUUAUGUGGGUGGAUUACGGGUCACCCUUAUGACCUGCGUCCUAUUUUUACAUGGAAAAAUGUUGUUUCUUAUAGUAUCAAAUAUUUAUCAUAUUUUUGAACUAUACUACAGUUUGACCAUAUACUUCAAAAGGUGGAGAAUAAAAGAACAGUUUUGACUACUAUUAUUGGUUAUUGUGUUGUGCAAUAUCCACUAAAUAUUGGAUAUUGAUAUGCAAAUUAUUGUUAAUAUCUAUUAAAUAUUGGGAUACAUACUAUAAAUUAUUAAUUAUAUAAAAAUCACAAAUUAUUGAUACAAUUGCAUUAGAAUAAAUUGGCCAAAAUAUGUUUGGAUAGACUUCAAAUUUGAUUAAAUAUAGCAUUCAAAAUACCAAAAUCUAUGAUUGAUAUUCUUCAAAAUUCAUGAAUAAUAACAUUCAAAAAAAUUGGCCAAAAUUUUUCAUGGAUAGUUUUCAAAAUCAAUUAAUAAUACUAUUAAAUCGAUGCUUAAUAGACUUAAUCAUCUGUGAAGAAUAGACUCAGGGAAAAUCCAUAAUAUGUAGACUUCAAAAUCGAAUGAAAAUGGCUUUUCAAAAAAAAGCCCAAAAAUUUAUGAAAAUGACCUCCUAAAAACGUUCACCCAAAUCAGUGAAUAAUCGAUUUCAUCAUCAAUUAAAAAUAGCAACCUCAGGCCUAAUUAAUGAACUGUAGUCUUCAAAAAAAUUGGCCAAAAUUUGACAUGGAUAGUAUCCAAAAUAAAUUAAUAAUACUAUUAAAUCAGUGCUUAAUGGACUUAAUCAUCGGUAGAAAUAUGAUCAAUAGACUUCAUUAUCGGUGUAGAAUAGCCUCGGCUGAAUCCGUGAUUUGUAGCCUUCAAAAUCGAAAGGAAAUGGUAUUUCAGGAAAAUCGUGUGAAAUUUGUGAUGGUACCCCUUUGGAGUCUAUCAAAAAUGGACCAGGAAGAAAUCCGCCCAAAUCGAUGCUUAAUGGACUUAAUCAUCGUUGAAGAAUAGCCUCAGGCUGAAUCCGUGAUCUGUAGCCUUCAAAAUACAAGGAAAAUGGCCUUUCGAAAAAAAUCGCACAAAAAUUUAAGAAAAUGUCAUCCGAAAAUGAAUUUGCUCAAAUCGGCGCUUAAUGGAUUUAAUCAUCGAUAGAGAGUAGGAUCAAUAGACUUCAUUAUCGGUGGAGAAUAGCCUUGGGCUGAAUCCUUGAUCUAUAGCAUUCAAAAUAGAAAGAAAAUGGCAUUUCGAGAAAAUCGCAUAAAAUCUGUGAUGGUACACCCCUUUGGAGUCUGCCAAAAUGGACCCGGAAGAAAUCCGCUCAAAUCGG